UCGUUAGUAUAUCAAAAACAUUAGAAGUCACAAUUUAUUUAUUUUUAAGAUGAUGUUUUUAAAAUUACUUAUUUUAACCUUGAGUGUAGUAGUACAAGUUUUUUCGGAUAAAAUCACUUUUAAAAACGUAGAAAUAUCUUUGUACUCCCACAAUAGAUUCCUAGCAACAAAAAACGUAAUUAAUAAUAACAAUUUAGUUGUUGUUUUAAAUCAAUUUGACAGACCUUAUGACGUUGUUAAAAUCAAGGGACAGAACAUACCGGUGCUGUACAAAAACUCGUUUUCUCAUAUACAUCUUCAUGAUUUAACAAUAGAUGAUUGUGAUUUGGAAAAAAUAGAAAUAGGAGCUUUUGAUAAUGUUCAGAAAUUGAUUUAUUUGACGAUUACUAAUACUAAACUGACUGAAUUGGAAAGGGGUGUUUUUUAUGGUUUACCGUUAUUUUCGCUUAAUUUGCAAAGCAAUGGUAUCAAAAAUGUGGAAAAUGGUGCUUUCCAGGGUAUGGACUCGCUCAAAAAAAUCAGUUUGGGCGUCAACGAUAUACGAAUCAUAAAAAAUGGAAUAUUUACGAACUUAUCCACACUAGAAGAGUUGGAUUUGAGCGAAAAUGAAAUAGAAGAAAUCGAAAAUGAUUCUUUCAAAAAUAUGAAGAACUUAUCGGUUUUAACGUUAGAGGAUAAUAAAAUUGAAAAACUUCAAAAUGGCAUUUUUGAUACUCUAUCCAAACUGCGUCUUUUGAAUUUGGGACUAAACAACAUUGGAGAAAUAGAAAACUAUGUUUUCAACGAUUUGGAAAAUUUGGAAAUUCUUUGGCUGCAAAAAAACAAAUUGAAAACGUUGGAAAAAGACGCAUUCGUUGGCUUGAUCAAGUUGAAACAACUGUAUUUAUCCUACAACGAAAUUGAUACUCUGGAGCCCGGAUGCUUUGUUGGAUUGAAUCUGUUAACUGAAUUGCAUCUUAAUAAUAAUCGGAUAAAAAUGGUUGUUAAAGGAGUUUUCAACCUUCCAAGUUUAAACGUUCUUUGGCUGAACGACAACGAAAUAUCAGUCACAGAAAUUGGAGCCUUUGGCGUCUCAGAAAUGCGCGAACUGGAUUUGGGCAGUAACAACCUUAGACAUCUCAAACGACACGCAUUUUCCAACCUGUCACUGAAAUGGCUGUACCUGCAUUUGAACAAUCUCGAAACUAUUGAAGAUUCGACAUUCGAAAACUCAAAAAUUACGAAUAUAAAUCUGAGAAACAACUCAUUGACGAAUUUGUCUAAGAACGUGUUUAAAAAUGCUGACGUUUCCUUUAUUUAUAUCGGAAAUAACGACGCUUUUGAUAAAAGUACGUUGAAGAAAGUUUCGAAUCCGUCACCAUCAGAGAUACAUUCGGAUGAAUUGAAAUUGGCACAAGGCGGAGUGAUGUACUUGAAACAUUAUAAAUUGGCCAAAAAUGUUUUUAUAGAUGUGUAAAUAAAUUAGUAGACAAUUAAAUUUAUUUUUAAUAAAAAUUUAAUAAAAUUCUUUGGGUUU